AUGCUGACGCAAACUCUCUGUGCCGCUCUCGCUCUCUCGGCCAUGGGCCACCGUCUGCAGCAGGACUCGGAAGAGAGUCUUUCUACAGAUUGGGGCGGCCCGAAGGAGUGCAACUACGUGGCUCCGCAAGAAGCAGGUGACAUGGGUUACCCAGGAAUGGAAAAGCUGACCAGCGAAAGCUGGACUGCAGAAUCUGGAGAUGCUGAUGGAAAGCAUGUUCUUUGUUAUGCCUACGGGCCAGCGUUCGCGAAAUAUGAAAAAGAGCAAGUUGGUGCCUGGAAGUACAAUGAGGAGACGUCGAUGAUCGAGUUCUGGUACUCCAAAAGCCAUUGUCCGGGUAUGUGCACGUCUUGCUGCAACAGCAACAAGGGCAACGAACCUCACAGCGUCCUGAACAAGAAGCUGAAUCCGUCGGCGAACCAGAAUGCAAUCAUGACCUACACGCUCGUGAACAAGUUCCAC